CCGUGACGCUGUUGGCGUGUUGGUGGUUGGCGGCGUGGCGCUGUCGUCGCGCGGUGCGCUGUACGUGGACGGGCUGUCGGUGCAGACGGCGCUGGGGCUGUGUGUGUCGGUGGAGGGCGGUGUCGCGGCCAGCGGCGGCUCCGUGGUGGCGUUUGUUGACAGCGACUUCCUGCUGUGCAAGCACGCGGUGUCUGUGCGUGGGGCUGUGAGCGUGUCGGGCUCCGCCGUGGCGCUUGUGCGGAGCGAAUUUUCGUCGACGGGGGACUACGCGGUGGCGCUUUAUUCGACGGUGAGUCUGGCCGGCGGGUCGAUGCUGCUGGCGAAGGGCAACGUGCACGACGGCGUCUCGAGGGAGAUGCUCCACGCCGCUGGCGCUGUGACCGCUGCUGGGAGCACGCUGAGCUUUGUGCGCAACCGAGCGCUGCUGCCGCGGAUGCUGUCGCUGAGCCUGUCGCUCUCGGCUGGGGCACAUGUGAGGGUGGCGUGCAACGACGCUGGUGGACGUGUCCUGUCGACGGCGGAGGAGUACGCAGCGGCUGUUUUUGGCGACGCUGGGAGCAUCGACGUUGCUGGGUGCGACGGCUGCGACAGGGACACGCACUGCUACGCGCCCGGGACGGCGUCGGCGACCAUGAGGAACGGUGUGUGCGUGUGCGUGUGCGGCAGCGGCGGGUACGGCGAGGCGUGCGUGCCUGUGGGUGCUCCUGCACUGCCGCCCUCUGUGGGCACCGCGUCGAGUGUGUUUUUCCGCGAGGGCGUGACGGUGCAGUCGGUGUUCGUUGUGCCUGCCGGCGCGAGCGAGGUGACGCUGCGCCACGUUGUGCUGGACGGCGCGAGUCCUGUGCUCUACGUGCCGUGGAUGGCGCGAGACGGCGUGCGAAUCGUUGUGCAGAACGUGUCGCUGCUGAACGGAGCUGUGCUGUACGUGAUGGGCAGUGGAGCAUUGCGCGGUGCAAGGACGGCGGAGAGCAACGAGGGCGGGCCGGUGGAGCUGUCCGUGUGCGAUGUGGAGGCGCUGAACGGUGCGCUUGUUCUGACCGGCACUUUUCCCGCGGGGUCCGUGCUGACGGUGACGGACUCCCUGCUUGUUUCCGCGAGGCCGACGCCGCUUGUGUAUCUUUCCGGCUCGCAGUCGUCGCCGUACGCACCGGUGCUUGUGCUUUCUGGCCUGCGUCUCGUGCGGUCCGUGCUGAUUGUGUCCGGCAUUGCCCUCGUGACGGUGAUGACUGGUGGGCGGACGGUGGUGGUGGACGGCGCGGUGCUGGAGCUUGUCGGUGGCGGUGUCGCGCUGGACGCGGCUGUGCUCGGCGGCGAAUAUGCGUUGUACGCGAGUGCGCGCGUGGUUGCGUCGGGGGGCGCUGUGCUGCGCGUGUCGGGGAGCCAGGUGUACGCCGCGCAUGGGUUGGUGUUUGGCAGCGGUGUGGAGGCCAACGCGUUCGCCGUCGUAGUGAACGACAACGUCGGUGCGCUGACCGAUGGCGCGCUGCUGGUGCUGCGGGGGUUGGCGUCGUUUGUGUUCGGGUCGUGGCUGUCGGUGCGCGGCAACAGCAUCAGCGGCAGGCUUCUGUCGGUGCCGUCGUACCCGCGCAGUGCGGAUCUUGUGCAGAGCACGCUGACGCUAUACGGGAACGCCGGCAGCGGGACUGUCGUGAUGGACGGCACCGUAGCGCUCGGGGGCGCCGGCCGAAGGUUCGUCGUGGGGUGCCUGACGCUCAACGGGCAGGCGCUGCGGCCGAUGGACUACAGGUCCGCCGGCAUCAUCGGGGAAUUCCGUCCCGUGGCGUGUGGCGUGUGCGACGCCGACGUGCGCUGCUUUGCAGCUGCGACGAGGACGAUGUCGGGGUCGUGCCGCUGCCGCUGUGCUGAGGGCGGGUACGGGCG